AUGGGCGAGGAGGUUCGAAAGAUUCGUGUCAAUGGAGUAGGGACUGAUAACUUAACAGACAAGGUUCUCGGGGGUCUUGGUGGUUGGGGUACACGUCGAAACGUCAUAACCGCCUAUAGGAAUAUUGCGGAUGACUACAACAAGGGUGACAGGAUCAUCUUUUGUGGCUACUCUCGAGGCGCAUGGGCUGCUCGAUAUCUAGCAAUGAUCAUCGAAUGUCUAGGUCUGGUUCGUGACGGAGACACGGAGUUUUUCAAGCGUUUGUAUGACGCGUGCAAGAAGGAUCCAUACCUUACCAAGGCUAACAAGGACGAUCUACGCCGCAAUUAUAAAUUUUGGGAUGAUGUUCAGAUCGAUGCCUUGUGCUGUUUUGACACAGUUGGCUCGCUGGGUAUUCCACUAUUUGGUAUCGCGAAGCCACUGUCUUAUCUUCAUCGAAGCAAGUACAAGACCAAGGUCAUAGACCAUGUUCCAAAUAAUGUGAAAUAUGCUUUUCACGCUCUGGCUUUGCACGAAACAAGAAGUCCUUAUAGUCCAACUUACAUGUGUGGACACAACGUCCAUCAGGUUUUCUUUCUAGGCGAUCACGGUAACAUGGGUAAGCUUGGACAGCAAGAAGGCCUUGUGCACGCUCCUCUCGCGUGGAUGGUGCAACAACUCUCUUCCCAUCUGGGUAUCACUUUCGAUGAGGAUAAACUCAAAAAGCGCUUCCCAAGCUGUACUUCUGAAGGGCAAACUGAAAUGAUGUCUCGACAAGGAACUCAUGACACUACGCAUGAGGUCAUGAUGAAACAUGCCUGGUGCUGUCCUAGUGGUUCUAUUCCCGGAGCUGGGGUCGGCAGACUAGUCAUCAUGGGUAGAAAGGACCGGAACCCAGGAAUGGUUCUCAACUACUGUGACGCCGAGUGCACCGACUCCAGUACAAGCGAAUCAACUCAGCAUGAGGCUGCUUCAGCCCAUGCUCAAGUACACAUCGGCGCUCGUGGACGACAAGAAUGUGGCUUCAGCGAUGCAGUGCCAGGGUAUCUUGGUGUUCAGCCUAUGGAUCCAAAUCAAGUGUUUUACUGGAAGAGAAGAGCGGCAGGUGAGCAGGAAGUGGUUGCUGCAGAUAUCAUUCGGGAGGCAAAGGUUGGGCUUUUGGAGGCGAGGCUCUUGGGCCUUCCUGCGGCGGCAGCUAGUCACCCGGAAUGCUGUGGUCUGAACCGCACACAAGAUGGGGAUAUCGAUACUGAAGUUUCAUCUGAGAAUGAAGAAACUUCGGACUCGAGGGUGCGGCAAAGUACUAAGGUCAGGAUCAAGAAGUGGUUUAACAGGAGGCUUGGUGCAAGUAUUUGAAUCUUCAGGUUAUAUAGACUAUAGCUUACGGGGGGAACUCUAUUCCAACUCAUCUGCCAGACACAUUAUCUGGAAAGUAUUAGACACUCAAGGCAGCACAGACACACCAGCAUCCAAUGUCUCUGAAUCAUAUCCCGAUGCUCAAG